AAAGUUUAUCGAAGUCCGGUAUAGAACGUACACUGCUGAUAAGAACCAGACGAGACUGGAUUCUAUGCGUCUGGCGUAGAAAAUUCCAUUCUUUCAGUCAUUCUUAAGUUAUCGGUUGGAACGGUUCGUUCGAUUUCGGUGUGCUGUCGGUCACGCGGUCAAACAUGAAUAUUUGGUGGUCAUCGAUCUUCCUCGUUGCGUACCUCUCGCAUGCGCUCUCCAAAAGCUUCAAAUGUUCCGUGAUCAACGAAGCUGGCUUCUGCUUUCUGGAGAAUGUCGUCAUCAACGAUCCUGCCAGUAGCAAAACCCUUGAUUUCCCGAAGCAGCAGAUCCUGCUCAUCAAGUCCGGUUCCAUCCCGAACUUCUCAAAAGAAAUCUACGCUCAACUACCCGGAGUUCGACUGCUCCACAUGUACAACAAUACUGCCAUCCGGAAGUUCCUGAUCGCCGUUAGUAACCUAACCGAAAUCAAUCUCCAGCGGAACGGCCUCAUCGAGUUUGACGUUGAAACCACCGAAAAUCGGAACCUGAAAACCUUGACCAUCGUACACAACGCCAUCAACGCCAUCCCGAAGAACAUCCGCUACCUGGAAGGUCUCGAGAAGCUCUUCCUCUACAACAAUUCGCUCGAUUACGUCGACCUGGAGCUGUUCACCAACGCCACCUCCCUUAAGGUGCUCUCCCUGUACGACAACUUCAUCAAAACCCUUGAUUCCAAACUCGGCCUGCGCUUCUCCAACCUCCAAACCCUGUCCCUGAGCAAGAACAAGCUGUCCUUCAUUCCGUACUUUGUCGAAGCGUUCCCAGCACUGAACGCCAUAUCCUUGCGCAAGAACCCCUGGAACUGCCGCUGGUUGGAGUUCGCCAUGGGUCACAUCGAGGCCCGGAGUAUCCAGAUCGCCCGAAAGGACGCCGUCUGUCGGCACCGCUGGGUUGGGGACGUCUGUUGCUACCGGACGGUGGUGGAUUUUCUGUUCCAGGCGCAGGGCGAGGAGCUGCGGAACGAUCGCGAACAGCUGCUAAAACUGGCGCAGGAGAACCGGGACCUGAAAGAUGUGGUGGGCCGGUUGAACGAGAGCGUGCGUAAGCUGGAGGAACGACUGGUGGACAAUAAAGCUGACGGAGAGGUGUGAUGUUGAGGACGGUGUUUUCUGGUGUUCCAAAUGAUCAUGAAAAGUGACGGAUGGUAUGUGGCAUAACCUGUUUCGGGAUCUUCGUGACUAGAAAGGCAGAUUAUAAGAUGCUCGAUAUGCCAUAGUCUUAUCAAUGGAACACAUGAACACAUAGUGGAAGAUCUUAAGAGUGAAAUUCGAAUAAAUAGUGAACGUUCAACCACGAUUCAACAAGUGUUAAUGUGAAGUUGGCAGUUCCAGUGACUGCGAUGUAUACUAAGUUUAUAAUUAAUAUUGGCUUGUAUUGCAUAUUUAAAAAAAAUCUUUGGUCCUGAAUAAAAAAUCCAUAAAUCGGAUUCUAACACUACUCAUCAAUCAUCUAUGUUUGAAGAUUUUUAA